UCGUGAACCGAUUCCUCACCUUCCCAAUCUCCAUUUCCUAUAUAUACCCCUCAAUAAUUCAAUGUGAAAACCACCCAAAAACAAACAAAAGGGAAAAAAGAAAGAGGAGAUAUGUAUAUAUAUAAACUUUGAUUAUAGGAACAGAAAAAGCAGUUUUCCUGCCAGAAAUUGCAUUUAUGGCAUCCCCAUUCCUACUGGUGAUCAAAGAGUUGAGUGGAAAGUACUGAAAAUAGAGCUCUACAUUUGGCAUAUUGGAGAAAGAGGGGAGAGAGUGGAAUUAUGGAGAAGAAAGAUAGCUUUGGUAGUUCUGAAAAUGUGGCUGAUCAGCAGAGUGACAGACUUGUCGAUGAGAAUAAGGGCGGGAUUAAGACAAUGCCCUUCAUCUUAGUGAAUGAAAUAUGCGAGAAAUUCGCAAUGGUGGGAUUCAGCAAGAACAUGGUUAACUACCUGACACAGCAGCUUCAUAUGCCACUGACGAAAGCAGCCAACACUGUCACUAACUUCAAUGGUACCUCCAGCUUAACGCCAUUGCUUGGGGCUUUCAUUGCUGAUUCAUAUGCUGGGAAAUUCUGGACUAUCACUCUUGCGACAGCUAUAUACCUACUAGGAAUGAUAAGCCUAACACUCUCAGCAGCGCUGCCACAGCUAAGGCCACCACCAUGUGAAGGUAACCAAGUUUGCCAAGAAGCCAAUGGCAGACAAUUGGCUGUUCUCUACCUGUCUCUUCUACUUGCAGCCGUAGGAUCAGGCGGGAUCCGGCCAUGCGUGGCGGCGUUUGGGGCUGACCAAUUUGUUGAGGAGGACCCUAGGCAUCCUAAGAAAACAUGGGUGUUCUUCAAUUGGUACUACUUUGUAUUGGGAGCCUCAAUACUAUUGGCAUCAACUGUGCUUGUCUAUGUUCAAGACAAUGUUGGAUGGAGCUGGGGCCUCGGGAUUCCCACCAUUGCCAUGGCCUUGUCGAUAAUCGUUUUUCUGAUUGGUUACCCUCUUUACCGAAAUCUGGAUCCUGCCGGCUCCCCGUACACUCGUGUGUUACAAGUCUUUGUUUCGGCAUUUAAGAAGAGAAAGAUUCCCUUGAUUUCUGAUCCUAAACUUUUGUAUGCGAACGAGGAGCUUGAUGCCUCAAUUUCCACUGAUGGUCUGCUUAUUCAUACAAAACAAUUCAAAUUUUUGGACAAGGCUGCCAUCGUGACCGAAGCUGAUUUCCUCAAAUCUUCAGAAAAACCGAAUUUUUGGAGACUGAACACCGUUCAUAGAGUUGAAGAGUUGAAGUCUAUCUUAAGAAUGUUCCCAAUUUGGGCAGCUGGUAUUCUCUUUGCAACAUCCUCUGCUCAACAAAGCACGUUUUCACUUCAACAAGCCAACACAAUGGACAGACACCUCACGAAGUCCUUUGAAAUCCCUUCCGCCUCCAUGUCCGUCUUCGCCCUCUUCUCCAUGCUCAUCACAAUAGUCUUAUACGACCGCCUGCUGGUCCCUGUUGCCCGCAGGUUAACAGGGCUCGACCGAGGCAUAAACUUCCUGCACCGGAUGGCUAUAGGCUUUUUCAUUUCAAUACUAGCAACUCUAGUCGCUGGAUUCGUUGAAGUGAAGAGGAAACAUGCAGCCUCAGUGAAUGGUCUUAUUAACAGCCCAAAAUCCACAAUUCCCAUCUCAGUUUUCUGGCUUGUGCCACAACAUAGCCUCCAUGGCAUUGCUGAGGCUUUCAUGAUGAUUGGUCACCUAGAAUUUUUCUAUAACCAAGCCCCGGAGAGCAUGAGGAGCACAGCUUCAGCUUUGUUCUGGACAUCGAUCUCGGCUGGGGACUACACAAGCACACUCCUGGUUACCCUAGUGCACAAGUUCACCGACUGGCUUCCUAAUAAGAACUUGAAUAAGGGAAAGUUGGAGUAUUUUUACUGGUUGCUCACAGUUUUGCAAGUUCUAAAUAUUGUAUACUACUUAAUGUGUGCAAAAUUUUAUACUUUCAAGCCCCUUCAGAGUAAGAAAACAGAAGAUUGCGGUGAAGGGGUUGAGCUCGCUAGCCAGGUUUAGCUUCAUGCACUUGCUUAAUCACCAUGAUUAGGAACACAAAGCAUAGCUUUGUACACGAAAAAAUAGCAUGGUUAAUGUACACCUGGCUAGAACAUAUUGCCAGCCAUAUAUGGCGACCUUGUUUCCUCGUAUAUAAUUUGUCAGUAGUUCUGAA